GAGGAAGCUUCACGAUCGUCGCAUAUCCUAUGCUCCACCUCAACUGCUUCUUUUCAUCCCAAGGGCAAUUGGCGACAAGACCACCUUGGACUUUCCCCAUCAGUCGUUACUCAUAUCUUCGGAUCUCACUGAAGAGUUUGCGCAAAUUUGGUGACACUCUCUGCAUCUGCGCAUCCUUGUCGCUACUCUGCGUCUCCCAGCCUCCCCCAAGGGCCCCCAGCCACCACAAGAUUACAUUGCUUAAGCGUCUAGUAUCUUAGAGUCGAAUUGCGCUACAUCGAAUCUCUCAUCCGAUCAUUCGUAACAUUCGUUUGCUCCCCUGGUCAUCACAUUAGCAAUGGCUGAACCAGAAGUUACUGUGGCAGAAAGCACCGACGACGUCGACAUGGGCGAGACUGUAGAAAAUGUCGACGCUCUCGAAGGCGAGGUCGACGACACUGCUGCGCUGCCCGAAACAGAGCCCGAAAUUCCCGUCAGAACAACCUUCUUGGACUACCUUCGCUCUCCCAUCGUCCAACUCUCCGUCGGCAGCGGCACCGACCAAACCCUCCUCUCCGCACACGAAGCCCUCCUCACCCAAUCCCCCUUCUUCGCCGGCCGCUGCGCAUCCUUCGCGAAUGAUGUCCCGCGCCUGAUCGAGCUUCCCGACGAAGACCUCGAGGCCACAGGCUCCCUCCUCGAAUACCUCUACCACGGCGAAUACUUCCCCAAGCGCCUCGGCGGAGGCAAAGACAUGGCCCUCGAAAACGACCCCUCCAUCCCCAGCCCAGACGACACGGGCGCCUCCCUCCUCCGCCACGCAAAAGUCUACACCCUCGCCGACAAAUUCGGCCUGCCGGCCCUCAAGAGCCUCGCGCACAGCAAGAUCCACCGCACCAGCAGCACCGCCAAGGGCGAGAUCGCAUACGCCAAAUUCGUGUACAAGGAGACGAGCGCUGACGACCACACGCUGCGCAAGCCCGUCGCGGCGUUCUGGGCUACGCGCUCGCAUGUGCUGCGUCAUGAGGCCGAGGUCGAGUUCAGGCAGAUGUGUCUCGAGUAUCCGCAGUUUGGCUUUGAUGUGCUGAACCUGGUGCUCGAUCAGAAGGAGAGGAGGGAGCCGACUGUGCAGCCGGGGAGCAGCCGGAAGAGAGCGAGGAAUGGCUUGGCGAUGUAGAUAAGUUGAGCCCGUGGGCAGCCCCGAGGGGGAAAGAAAAGACGGUGGGACAUGAGAGAUGUCUCGGGACGCGCCGAGCAGAACAGCUCGGAUGCGUGAUCCGCGGUACUGAUGUGUCUUUCGGGCCCAAUAUUCUAUGUCAGGAUUGUAAAAACCACUUCGCGUCUGUAUAUCGCGGUUUUGUGUUGGUUUUUGGAUCAGUGUGUCUCGACUAUUUGUAGCAUUAGUAUACUCUUUAAAAUCUAAGAAGCAGCAUCUACUACAAUUAUAGCGCAUAGUCAGCUCCUCGACUCUUGCAUGAAACAGGC